CUACAACAGAACAUUAAAAAGAGUAAUUGAGGUCCUGCCUCAAAAAUAUGUCGCGAGGCUAAUUUAUCUACUUAUACUAAAUCAGGGCCUUGGUUUCUUCACCAGCCAAACAUCUUACCCUCGCCCUCGAGAAAAACAAAAAAGAUGCAGAUGGUUUCCUAAACGAAACCAGGGAAAACCUUCUGCGUUACUUACUCCCCCUAAAUUCCCUUCUGCCACCUUGGUUGCAUUAGUGGCAAUAUCCCAAUAUCCAUCAAUUAAAUAAUAAUAAUAAAUAAAUAGCACACACACGAGUAAAUAAAUCAUGGGGCCGACGCUGACGUUUCGCGAGUACAAGGGCCCGGAACCCUUGUCCCCGACUGUCGGCGGCAUCAAGGACCACGCUGAGGAAACCGGGAUCCCCAUGUCCCGGGAACCCGGGCUCACGUACCUCUUCAACGGCAGCAACAUGUGUUUCAUCAACUCUGUGCUUCAGGCCCUGGCCCAGAUCCCGGGUUUCGUCAACCAAUUCCUGGACGACGGCGUGUUGAACACGAUGCACCGAAGCACGGCUCAUUCGGCCGACGGCAGACUCACUCUGGGACUCGGGGAAGUGUUUAAAAAGAUGUGGUUGGGCCGGAAGAAGUUGAUCAACGCUGGGGAGUUUAAAGCCCUGCUGACGCAGGCGCACAGCGGGUACGACAAUGACGAUCAGCAGGACGCGCACGAGUUCUUUCUGGACUUGAUGCUGUCGGUGUUGUUGAGCACUCGCAUGUUUCCGUUUAAUGAGAAGAAAGUUCGCCGAUUCCCCGCGGUGCGUCUCGCGGACAGAAGGUUCAGAAAUGCGUUGCAGAGCCCCAAAGGCGUUUCUCCAUACGCAGACGACUUCGUGGGACAAUUGCGAGUCACUUAUCAAUGUCAGCAAUGUUUCAGACUCAAACACGCCUAUGAAAACUUUCUCACGUUGGAACUCGAACUGCCGUCAAAGGGAACCUCGCGAUCCCUGGAGCACCUUUUCAAGGACAACAUUUCAAGCCCCACGUUUUUUCCGGCUAUGCGAUGCGCACUGCCACGUGUCUUCGUCAUCCAAUUGCGUCGCUAUGGACGAUCCCCGUUGAACAGGAGCCGAUUCGUGAAGCUCUUCAACUACAUAGACUUCCCCAUGACGCUCAACAUGCUGCCCUUCUUGAAGGACGCCACUGACGGACACUUUAUUUACGACCUUCGCGGCGUCGUUCAACACAUGGGGCCUGACACCGACUGCGGACACUACACAACCAAGCUGAGGUAUUUGUACAAGACUGACGAGGAUGACUGGAGAAUGGUCAAUGAUCACAUUGCCAUUGAUUCCUUGGAUGACCCCACGGCUGAGAUCAAUCCGAAAGUGCGGCCCUCCAUGAGAUCAACGAUCUUCACGCCGUACAUUUUGUUUUAUGUUGCGCGGCCGCACGAUGGAGUGAAAGUGGAUUUCAUCAUGCCAACUGUCGUGCGGUAUGCCAAGGAAAUCAAGGAAGGCGGUAUGGAGUACCUCAAGAAGCUGACUGACAAUGCCCCGAGGAUCCGUACCUCUUGGAGUCCUGGGGAUCCCAUCACUGAGAAGCACAUUUUGUAUCAUGCUGACAUGUGCAGCUUGUUCCCAAAAAUUAAACCGACUCCUAGAAGACCAACUUUGCCGGAGAUCCGCCAAAUUCUUCCUCUGGAUGAGGAAUGCGUGGAAGAAGUUGAGUGGACGGAUGAGGAAGUUUUGGUGGGUCACCGGGAGAUUGGUGGCCAAGACCCUGUCCAGGAUGAUCAGGGUGAGGAAAACUCGGAAGAAUCUGAUGGAGAGCCAUUGAGAUUACGUGGUGGUGGGAAUGGAAACAACUUUGAAACUUUUGAGGAGGAUUUGAGAAGUGAAGCAUCCAGAAGAAUGACUGCAGUCCGUGAGUCGCACUCGGAGUCGUCCACGCUGUCGCACAUGUUCAACAGCAGCGACAGUCGGGGUUUAGCUGCUAGCAAAUCCCAAGCACGUCAUUCGGUCAGGUCGACAGCACUGUCGAACAACGCCAGGGCGGCUAAUAAUUCCCGUUGUGCCGCCACCUCCUGGAUUGAAUGCGCCGCCGCUAGUGUCAAUGACGACGAAGUUCAGUCCUGGUCACGAGCAAUUGUCGACCAAGUCAAGAGAAUGGACGGACUUAAGGACGGAGACUUGAUGGACAAUGGACUCACUCAGAAGGAAGAGCGAGAAAUCCUUCGUCAGAAGCGAUUUGACGCGUGGCAAAGUUACUUGAACCAGGUCCAACACGACUGUCAUCGGAAAGAGGAGCUGGAGAUUUUGCAAAUGUUGGAUGUUAUGACAAGAAAGAAAGGAGAACCUCCGAUGGACAUGGACUAUGUUUGGGACAGCUACCAAUCUUCUGAAAAGAUGCUUCAGGAAAGAGCUUCAGCUUUGGACGAACUGAAUAGAUCUAUUGCUAACAAGGAAAUUGCAGUCGAAAAAUUGGCCAAUGAAGAAGACUGGCUUCGUGAGCAACAAGCAAAUUACAUCACACCUGAAAGUCAGGCGAAAUUCCUUCGUUACUGGAUGAAACAAGCUCGAAAACGCGGGACUCAAGCCGUGCUGGACUUCAAACAAUCCUCGUUGCAGCGGUAUUUGGCAGACAGGCGACAAGUUAUCGACACUCUUGUACUGAUAAAGCGCAUCGACGACAACUUCAGCAAACGCAACCGCGGAUUCAACUGGGCCAUUGACGCCCUCGGGGCUCAUUUGACUAAUUGCAAGGACCCCAAGAGAAGUUUCUUGUUUCAAAAGCUGUUUCCCACAAUCAAGGAUGGAUCAUUGCCUCAUUAUCCUAGUGUUGCGAGGUACUGGGACAUCGUCGGAAAGGAAGCCAGGAAUUUCGAACAAGACCUGACUGUGAUCCUGAAGGAAGUUAAAGCCAUAGUCCCGGCAUUGAGGGCGCUUUUCCCGGCUUCCGACGGUGGUUAUGAUGCACUGGGUGAACUCGUGGCUGGUGCUGAAGACGAUGCCAGGAAGGACCUGGUUUUCUAUCCAGUAAAGAAAGGAGAACCUCCGAUGGACAUGGACUAUGUUUGGGACAGCUACCAAUCUUCUGAAAAGAUGCUUCAGGAAAGAGCUUCAGCCUUGGACGAACUGAAUAGAUCUAUUGCCAACAAGGAAAUUGCAGUCGAAAAAUUGGCCAAUGAAGAAGACUGGCUUCGUGAGCAACAAGCAAAUUACAUCACACCUGAAAGUCAGGCGAAAUUCCUUCGUUACUGGAUGAAACAAGCUCGAAAACGCGGGACUCAAGCCGUGCUGGACUUCAAACAAUCCUCUUUGCAGCGGUAUUUGGCAGACAGGCGACAAGUUAUCGACACUCUCGUGCUGAUAAAGCGUAUCGACGACAACUUCAGCAAACGCAACCGCGGAUUCAACUGGGCCAUCGACGCCCUCGGGGCUCAUUUGACUAAUUGCAAAGACCCCAAGAGAAGUUUCUUGUUUCAAAAGCUGUUUCCCACUAUCAAGGAUGGAUCAUUGCCUCAUUAUCCUAGUGUUGCGAGGUACUGGGACAUUGUCGGUAAGGAAGCCAGGAAUUUCGAACAAGACCUGACUGUGAUCCUGAAGGAAGUUAAAGCCAUAGUCCCGGCAUUGAGGGCGCUUUUCCCCGCUUCCGACGGCGGUUAUGAUGCACUGGGCGAACUCGUGGCUGGUGCUGAAGACGAUGCCAGGAAGGACCUGGUUUUCUAUCCAGUGUUGCCCAUUGGUCAAUGAAUAUCUUGACGGAAAUGCGAUCACGGGAUGAGAAGGAAUUCUUAUUCCACUUUCACGCAUGUUUAUUUAUUUAUUUAUUUAUUUGGCAAUCGUCUGGAUGUUGUUUAACCUGCGUCGUCGUGCUCACUUUCCCUCGCGCCCCUGAAUAAAAUUAUUAUUCGUA